UUGCCAAAUGGACUAGAUUGACGUGCUCACUUUGUUUCUGCAAUGAAUCCUCUUCAGAGAAUGAUUUUGUAAUUUAUUUGCAGAUUAUUGCAAGUUUGCAGUUUUGACGCUUAAAAAAGCAGUAGCAGUACGCAAAUCGGGGAGCCAAAUAAAAGGCCCUUUAGCCGAUGCGAUUCGGUUCCUAACGUUCGCCAAAAAGAGCCGUUCGCGAACGACCCAUCACUAUCAGACAGGAUUUGGGCCGAUCCAACAGAGCCCGUGAGUGGUAGCCAUUUUGCUCCCACCUAAAACACUAGUUUCAUUCGGAAUGGAAGAAAUAGAACCGACAGCAAGUCCAAAAUCUCAACAAUUCUGAAACCCAGGAAUACAGACAGAUAUCAAGGCACACACGGAUAACAUCAUAACAAAAUUGCGAUUUUGGGAGCGGUGACAUCCGAACCAUCCGCAGUCCACUCUGAGUAGCCUAGAUUGGAGUCGAUCAGCCUCAGCUUAGUUCAAUUUAACAGCUAAGGUAUUGUAUUUUUUUGCAAUGAAAAAUAGUUAAUACUUAAUUCUGAACAUAAAGAACGAUAGGGCGAAUGCCCUGCUGCCGAGGAGCGUUAUAGGGAAAUGUCAUUCAAUUCUGUCUGCGUCUUCGGGACAUCUUGAGACACAUUUGGAUUGGAUGGACCGAUGUUGAGACAGUUGCCGAAUUCAUGGUUUGUGUCCAAAUGCAAGAAUACAAUCGCCUCCCCUCGUAUUGCCAAAGGAGGUGCAGAAUAUAGGGAAAUAGACAACAUUUCAACGAGAAAAUGUCAACAAAAACUCCUCUACCUACAGUCAAUGAGAAAGAGACGGAGAGCCAUACGUCUCACAGCAAUGGGCGCCAGGAGGUCACCGCUCGCUCUGUCCGCUCAGGGGUCCGCACCCGGAACUCUGGUGCCGACGAGCAGCCUCAUGUGGGGAACUACCGACUCCUGAAGACCAUUGGGAAGGGCAACUUCGCCAAGGUCAAGCUGGCCCGUCACAUCCUCACUGGCAGAGAGGUGGCGAUAAAGAUUAUCGAUAAGACACAACUGAACCCAAACAGCCUUCAAAAGCUCUUCAGAGAAGUAAGAAUAAUGAAGAUUUUAAACCACCCAAAUAUAGUCAAGCUGUUUGAGGUGAUCGAGACAGAGAGGACGCUGUACCUGGUGAUGGAGUAUGCCAGUGGAGGAGAGGUCUUCGACUACCUUGUUGCACACGGAAGGAUGAAGGAAAAAGAGGCCAGGGCUAAAUUUAGACAGAUCGUUUCUGCUGUGCAGUACUGCCACCAGAAGCACAUUGUUCAUAGAGACCUGAAGGCAGAGAACCUGCUGCUGGAUGCAGACAUGAACAUUAAGAUAGCGGACUUUGGCUUUAGUAAUGAGUUCACCAUGGGGAACAAGCUGGACACGUUCUGUGGCUCCCCUCCCUACGCCGCCCCGGAGCUGUUUCAGGGGAAGAAGUACGAUGGGCCCGAGGUGGACGUCUGGAGCCUGGGGGUCAUCCUCUACACACUGGUCAGCGGCUCUCUGCCCUUCGACGGGCAGAACCUUAAGGAGCUUAGGGAGAGAGUUCUGAGGGGGAAAUAUCGUAUCCCCUUCUACAUGUCCACAGACUGUGAGAACCUCCUCAAGCGCUUCCUGGUGCUCAACCCGGCCAAGCGGGGGACUCUCGAGGUGAGGGAGGACAGCGAAAAUCAAAUCAUGAAAGACCGCUGGAUCAAUGCGGGAUCGGAGGAGGACGAGCUCAAGCCUUUCGUAGAACCAGAACAGGACAUCGCAGAUCAGAAGAGAAUAGAUGUAAUGGUGGGGAUGGGCUUCUCUCCAGAGGAGAUCCAGGAGUCUCUGGCCAAGAUGAAGUAUGAUGAGAUCACUGCCACCUACCUACUGCUGGGGAGGAAGUCUUCUGAGCUGGAGCCCAGUGUUUCAACCUCCAGCAGCAACCUGUCCCUGGCUAAACCCCGGCCCACCAGCGAGCUCAAUGGCCAGUCCCCCUCACACCUCAAAGUCCAGCGGAGCGUCUCCUCCAACCAGAAACAGAGACGCUACAGUGACCAGGUGGGUCAGAAUGUUCCCCCAGGUUCAGGACACCCUAACAGGAGUCAGACCAGCACGGCCGAAAACAACAUCAAAGAGGAGGGAGGGCGCAGUGUCCCCGGGGGGCGCUGUGUCCCCCCACCCAGCCCCUUGCUGGGGAACGCCAACAACCCCAACAAGGCUGAUAUUCCCAAUGGCAGGAAGGGGGUUACCACUGUUCCCAACAAUAACACUGGCUCUGACGGGAUGACGAGGAGAAACACGUAUGUGUGCAGCGACAGGAACGCUAUGGACUGUCUCUCUGUCAUUCCCAAUGGGAAGGAGAACAGUGUGGCCGUGUCUCCUGGCCAGCGGAACCCCGUGGCAUCCACCCACAGCAUCACCAGCGCCACCACGCCAGACAGACUACGUUUCCCACGAGGCACGGCGAGCCGCAGCACCUUCCACAGUGGUCAGCUGAAGGAGCGCCGCACGGCCACCUACAACGGGCCCCCAGCCUCACCCACCCUGUCCCAAGACACAGCGCCACUUUCCCAAACCCGCAGCCGCGGCUCCAGUAACCUCUUCUCCAAACUCACCUCCAAACUCACACGCAGGGUCAGUAUUGACCCGACCAAACGGCAGACGGCCAAAUCAGGGCCUGCCGUCCCUUCUGCCCAGGGAGCAAAGACUCUUAAGUCUCAACCGAGUUUGAAAGAAACGGGAGAUUUGAGAGCUCAAGUCGCCAUGUACCUGGGGAUCAGAAAGGGGAAAGUAAAGACAGUGAACCCCGCUCCCUCAGAUUCACUUGGAGUAUGAGGACCACCAGCUCCAUGGAGCCUUGUGAUAUCAUGCGGGAGAUACGCAAGGUGCUCGAGGCCAACAAUUGUGACUACGAACAGCAAGAGAGUUUCCUGCUGCUCUGUGUCCAUGGCGAUGCUGAGAACCUGGUCCAAUGGGUGAUGGAGGUGUGCAAGCUGCCCCGUCUCUCCCUCAAUGGCGUGAGAUUCAAGAGGAUAUCAGGCUCAUCCAUCGCUUUUAAAAACAUUGCUUCCAAAGUCGCCAAUGAGUUAAAGCUAUGAACAAAAAGGGUAAAACUAUAUCUAGAAAGUAAAGCUGUACAAUCUUUUUUUUUUUUACAAAAUACUGAGUAUGUAUUGAAUGAGUGUGUCAAUAAUCACUGAAUUACUAAUAACUACGGUAUAUAAUCUGGUCAUCAGGAGUUGUAUAUGGUUUGUCAUACUGAGAAAAUUGACCAAAAUAGCAUUUGUCUUUGUUAUUAUUUGUCAUCUCAUGAAAGUUAACCUUUUCAGAGUAAAUCAUGAAUCUGACUUUCAAGACAGCUACACAUUGUUAUACACAACUUCAUUAACUUCAAAGAAUAUAUAAGAGAUAGAGUUCAUGUAAAUGCUCACAUGGUAAGAUCACCAGUGUCUCAAUAAAAUUCUGUAAACUUGA